AUGUCGUCCUCCCCUGUGGAAUAUUUUCCUUCCUCUCCACCGCAGUACACGGAGACACCAUCACCCCCGAUUUCCCAUGUCAGAGCUGAAAUCUUUGCCAGAUUGGUCGAAAUCAAAAUGUUAUUUUACCAGAUGAACCGCCCGUCCUUCCCGCGGGAUGACAGUCAUGACGAUUGCAAGAAAUCUCUUGUUAAAAGAGCAAGAAUUAAAAUGACUCUUGUAAAGAUCCUUGAGGACUUUCCUCUCUUAAUGAAGGAUUUCCGUAGGAGAGCAAAGUUUAUCAUCGAAGUCGGCAUCUACAUGACCGAGGACGAUGUAGAUGAGGUUGAUCGAGCGAUGAUCGAGAAGAUGAGCAUCGCGUUCGACACAAUCUUCGCCGAUGUCACUAUUUCUGAUGCUAAGCAAAUGGUUGCUAUUGUUGCGGGAGGGCCUAGGUUUCAGAAAUAUAGAGCGCUGGUAAUUGCAGACAACGUUGAGAGCAUUCAGGAACAAAUCAAAAAAGCGGGUUUUGUCCUCGAAGGUGUUUGUGUUAGUGGGCAAGAGUUCUCUAUAAACAUUUCAAGAAAGUCCAAUUUAAAAAGCAAGGCCAAAGGCAAAUCUGCUAUAACAGCUAAUCACUCCAAGGAGAAACUGUCUAUCACGCGUAGCCACGGACCAAAGGUUGUAGGACAACACGUCAGCAGCUUUUCACCUCGGCAGGUAGAUAGGUCGAGUGUGAAGGCAAUGGAUGCUGAAGUACCUCCGUCGGAGAGGCAAAGUGAGGGAGCCAUUCAAGGUUCUUCUUCACAUGCACGUAAAAACAGACGUCAGAGCGGAUCGGCACAUGACUUUCAACAACAGGUUAUUGAUUAUGAGGCUACAAAGGUUCGUAGCAGCGCGGAAGAAACACCGAGCAGCGACAGAACAAUCGAGGACGAUUGGGAGGAGAAUGACCGUUUGAUGCGUUCACAGGGAGCCGGUUCAACUAUCGACAAGGAAGAUAAGGAAGCUGAUAGAGUUUAUCCUGUCGGCGCACAAGGUACUAACUUACAGAGUGGCUCUGUCACUAGAGAUCUCUCACCUCUUGUUGCAGAGUAUCAUGAAGACGUGAAUGAGGAGCAGACGGAUAAUUCGGCGCAGGCUGAAUUUCAAGCCAACGAUGAGACCGAGUCAAUUGAAUGGCCUUCCUCACCACCUUCAGCUUUAUUCUUUCCCAUCGAGACCCCACAGAAGAUUAGUAGUUCUACUGAAAGCACACUCGUCGGUUCAAAAUCCUCCGGGUUUGAAUCCUCGCCACCUAAAUUAACUCUCUCUGCUAUUGAUAAAGGAAAAGCCGCGAAUAGAGGAUCCUCCUACGAGGUCCAGAAUGGUUUAUUUGCCAAUGGGCAUAAAAGUGGGCCUUCACCAUCACGUGAUGGGGAGAAGGCUACACGUCCUGAUAAAGGAAAAGUGGAUUUCAAAAAUAUCACCCCAAAUGCCAAUGUGGAAGGGGCUAGCAAGCAUGGUUCAGGCUUUCUUCUUGCAGCGAAUACGCUCAAAGGGUUGCCUUCUAUAUCGGUGACAAAAUCAGUUGUUAUGUUUGUGGAACCCCAAUUUGAAGAGAGCCCCAUUUUACCGGACCUCAUCCCACUUUUGGACAGUAACAACAACAACGACUUCUCUUUAUCUGCACUUGUCAACCACAACACGCCCGACUUGGGAUCUUCCAAAAUUGUGAAAACAGCCGCUACAGAUAAUAAAGAAAAGGAACUUAUGAGGGAGGGAGAACCGGCUAGGAAGGGAAAGAAAGUCAUGAAAGGAGCGCUAGGUGUUGAGGCAUCCACAGUGACCGAUCAAGAAUCGCAGUUGAAUGCUUGGUUAUCAUCCUCCCCAGAUGUAUCGAAGGCUUCCAAACUUAUCAUUCUGGAAACCUUGGCGCAACUGGCUGCUGAGGAAAGAAAGAUCACCUCUGCUACCAAUCCUCAACCCGAAAAUCAACACGCGAUUGCCCCCAAUGUUGCAGCCGAUGUUCCUAAGCUUACAACGGUACCUGUCACCUCAACGGCAGCUGCGAAUAUCGUAGCCACCCUGCCGAAACGGCAGCUGUUUAGAACCAAAAAGACCAGCUUGGAAAAGAAUGACGCAGCUGACUCUCACCCUAUUGUUAAGCAUAAUGGAGACCAAAGUGUUCGUCCGUCAGGAGUAGGUGCCUCGUCAAAUAUGCCAGCAAAAGGACCCAGGAAACGGACUCGAGAGAUGAGUGAAGAAGACGAUUCCACCCAACAACUUCCUCAUGACCUUUCUGUCACUGCUCCCCUUGACGCUGGUAAAUGUCUAGUUGCGAACAACGGCUCUCCAGUAACUGGUGAAAGGCGUUUCAAGAAGCCGCGCUACAACGCCUGCACACAGAAGAAGAGGGUCGAUACCAUCGACUAUUACACGCUGAGCCGUCCAUUCAAACGAAGUAGAUUUGGCCGCCGUGGCACUCGCUUUCGCCCCUCCUCCCGCGACGGUAAAGAAAACCCCUUCCUGACAACUGGCACUCCCGACAUCGUUGAGCGCCGCCGUCUCUUCUUUUCAAAACGUGCAGCGGACGAUGGCUACGAUUCCGAUACGCGUGAAAUGGCGGAGAGUUUCCCGGCGCAGUAUGCAGAGCCUGGCCGCAUCUAUGAUAGCAGUCCCGAGAUAAUGCGGUCCAGCCUACCGAAGAAUGUUCCUCCAACUUUGAUUGCGAACAACGCAGUGACUUUUGUUAGCGAGGAGGCGAAAGAUCGUGCCAUGAGGUCCUGGGUCAUGUCCGACGAAGAAGAGGGCUCGCAGAGAUCGGGAAUUCCUAGUGCUCCACGUAAGGCAGUUCUCCCGCGCAUCCCGCUGAAACGCAAAUCCAGGAAUUAG